AUGGAUCAACCAAUAAUAAUUGUGAUCUUACAUUUAGUCAGGAACCCUUCGGAUAAUUCAUUAGAAAUAUUACUAAAAACUAUCGAUCCUACAAUUAGUCUUAAUCAACUUAAAGAUUAUAUCAUUAUUUGCAGAGGAAAAUUUUCGGAUUUUAGAUAUAAUUACAAGGGUAUUAUAUUAAAAAAAGCUCGAGAUCUUGAAAUUCAUUUUAGAAAUAUUGGAUUAGAGGAAUUUGAAAAUCUAUUGAAUAAUAUUAUUACUGAAAAUGAUUGUAGACAAAUUUUUGCAACACAUAUCUCUUGUGUUCAUAAAGAAUAUUUUAAGAAUGACCAAAUUUCUUUAAAUAGACUUUUUGAUUUUGUUAAAAAAAGUUUAUUGAUUGGUAUAAAAUCUUUUUUUAUACCACUUGACGUAAAAGAAGAACUUAAAAAGUUGGAUAAUUGUACUAGUUCUAUUAAAUUACAAUCAAGGUAUUAUACUAAUAUUGUAUAUAAUAUAGAUUUGUAA